AUGAAUACACGGAACGGUUCUAGUGUGCACCUUGAAUUCCAGGAAGUUCGCUCGCUACAAGCCGGCGUGCUUCCCGAGCCUGACAGGGGCGAGCUACUGUCAACGAGUAGCAGACCAGCGCCAUUCAAGGAAUUAAGCAUUCUAGACAAGCUGUUGACUCCAUUUGUCUUCGUUUCCAUGAUUGUUGGAAUCAUUCUGGGGGAAUUUGCACCUGGCGUGCGCGAUGCACUUGACACUGCGAAAUUUGUCGGCGUAUCUGUCCCUAUUGCUAUAGGGCUCGUGGUUAUGAUGUGGCCCGUCCUGACCAAAGUCCAGUACGAGAAACUUCCCGCUGCGUUCACCACCGUUCGCCUGUGGAAGCACAUCGGAAUAUCCAUAGCUCUGAACUGGAUAGCAGGGCCACUUAUCAUGCUUGCUUUGGCGUGGGCGACGCUUCCAGAUCUUCCCACCUACCGAGCAGGCGUCAUUAUGGUCGGCCUCGCUCGUUGCAUUGCCAUGGUCGUAAUUUGGAAUGACCUUGCACGCGGAGACAGCGAGUACUGCGCCAUCCUUGUCGUGAUCAACGCCGUGAUGCAGAUCGUCCUAUUCUCGCCGUACGCCGUCCUGUUCAUAAACGUUAUAGGUGGCGGGGAUCAGCCUGAUAUUCACGUCUCGUACGGGGACGUCGCAAUUUCGGUUCUCAUCUACCUUGGUAUACCCCUCGUGGCUGGUGUCAUUACCCGCUACGGCGUGAUCUUUCUGACCAGCAAGCAGUUCUUCAACAAGAAAUUCCUCCCCAUCUUCUCCCCACUUGCUCUCCUCGGGCUUCUCUACACAAUAAUCGUCCUCUUCGCCUACCAAGGUCACCGCAUAAUACGAAACCUCGGCCCCGUCUUUCGCGUGUUUGUACCCCAAAUACUUUACUUCACCAUCAUGUGGUCGACAGCGUUCUUCCUCAUCUACUAUCUCUCACGGCGGUCGCACCGCGAGAAAAACAUAUAUGGAUAUGAGAUGGCCGUAACGCACGCAUUCACCGCGGCGAGCAAUAAUUUUGUCAGUCAUUCCUCUCAGCUGAGAUGUCCGUUAGCUGAUGCGUCCCAGGAACUCGCCAUAGCCGUCGCGAUUGCGGUUUAUGGCGUCAAUUCCGAGCAGGCUCUCGCCGCAACCAUCGGCCCGCUCACGGAGGUACCUGUGCUGCUCGGGCUCACCUGGGUUGCUCUUUAUCUCAAGCACAAACUUCACUGGGGUGGAGUCGUUGGUCCCUCGAUGGAUGAGAAAAGUGAAGAAUCUGGAUGA